CAGACUGGGUAUUGUUCCAACGCCUCGAGGAUAAGCGCGCGCUUGCCUGCUGCUGCCUCCCUGUCGUGGACUGAAACUUUGGAGCUCUCCUGCUCUUAUUCUUUUAUUCAAAUGCCCAUCUUUUCGCCUACACCACAUGCCACUAUUGACCUUUUAUGCUUCCUUAUUAUUUUACUUUUCCACCAUCGCCUUCUCGGCAAUACAUGCACGUCGCUCAGCCAUUACUGAAAGAUGAAGGAUUGAACACAUUUUUAAAAUGUUUUUUUAGUAGUUUCAUAAAUUUGAAGUCCUGUUAACAUUCACCAAACAAAAUCGUUAUAUUUUCAAAACAUAAUUAAUUAUCGGCAAUUGCUCAAAAUACUGCCGUUCACGUCAAACUUUAAACAAUAUUACAAGGAAUUACGAAACCGUAGUUUUUGUCUUUGUUCAUAUGUUUUAUUUAUCUAAUGAAAUCUAUUACCUGACACUUUUGCUACUUCAAGAACAACCGUCGGUGGUCGCGGUGUAUCCCCUCCCUUAUUCUCCCCCCUCCCCUACAGUGUCAUGUAUUCGUCCCAUCCUACGCAGUUUUCUCUUAUUUCUCUUGUCUACUUCUUCUCGGGAACAACGAUCUAACUUUCGCAACAACGAUUCAUCGUCUUGCCGAUUCAUAGUCAGAGGGAAUAUUACCCACUAACCCUGUUUUUUCAUGUCACGGCGAGACAGACGCUUACUGAAAUGGAAAUACUACUUAAGUGCCGGUGGGAAUACUUCCUGAUUUUGGCCAAUGCGUUCAUGUCACCUGCGUUCAUGGUGCUGUGUAAUGACAUACUCGGCCUGAAGGUGGCAGGUGACCCAGUGCUGACACCCAACACGGUGUGCCUGCGCCUGGCCGGCCUGACCAAGCGGCAGAUGCGGCUGUGCGUGCGUAGCCCGGACGUGACGGCCUCUGCACUCCAGGGCAUCCAGGUUGCUCUCCACGAGUGCCAGCAUCAGCUCCAUGAUCAGCGGUGGAACUGUUCCUCACUGGAGAGUCAUGGAAAGCUGCCCCACCAGAGUGCCAUCCUCAACAGGGGCUUCCGUGAGAGCGCCUUCACACUGUCCCUGUUGGCGGCGGGCGUGGCUCAUUCCGUGGCGUCGGCCUGCAGCUUGGGGAAGCUGCGAGGGUGUGGCUGUGACGCCAAGCGCCGCCUAGACGACGACAAAAUACGGUUGAAGCUGACGCAGCUGCAGCUGCAGACGCUGAGGGGGGCAUACGGACCACCCUCCUCGCCCGCCCAGCUGGGGUCCCAGCGCUCGGAGCUCUUGCCCAAUCCCGCGCACCCCAUAGCCCUUCUAGACCCUCUCCCAGAUGACAUCUCCCCCGUGCAGGACACCUGGGAGUGGGGGGGCUGCAGCCAUGACGUCCGAUUCGGUGAGCGCUUCUCCCGUGACUGGCUGGACCCCCGGGAAUCCCCACGUGACAUUCACGCCCGCAUGCGGAUGCACAAUAACCGAGUGGGCCGACAGGUAGUAACGGACAACAUGAAGAGGAAGUGCAAGUGCCACGGGACGUCGGGCAGCUGCCAGUUCAAGACCUGCUGGUACGUGUCUCCAGAAUUUCGGCUGGUGGGGGCGCUGCUCCGCGACAAGUUUCUCUCGGCCAUCUUCAUAAACUCCCAGAACAAGAACAACGGUGUGUUCAACCCCCGGACCUGGAGGGCAGCGGGAACGGGAACAGAAAGGGGACGCCGGCGGCCAGUCUCCCGGGAGCUGGUCUACUUCGAGAAGUCGCCUGACUUCUGCGAGCGGGAGGCGACCCUGGACUCUCUGGGCACUCAGGGGCGCAUCUGCAACAAGAGCAGCCCCGGAAUGGACAGCUGCAGUUCGCUGUGCUGCGGGCGCGGCCACAACAUCCUGAGGCAGACGCGCAGUGAGCGCUGCCACUGCCGCUUCCACUGGUGCUGCUACGUGCUGUGCGAGGAGUGCCGCGUCACAGAGUGGGUCAACGUGUGCAAAUGAGCAUG